GUUCCCGGGGCGGGGCUUGUGUUUUUACUUCCGGAUCCCACAGCUAUGACACCGGAAGCCGGAAGCGGGGAUUUCGACAGCGGAGUAGGGAAGGGCGACCGCGAAACUGGGACUUUCUCGGAGCGCCGGGGCCCUACCAGCGUUCACAGUCCGCCGCUCCCACCCUUCUCACGUCUGACGGACUCUGCUGACAGCCCUUGCCCUGUUGGAUGAAUAGGCACCUCUGGAAGAGCCAACUGUGUGAGAUGGUGCAGCCCAGUGGUGGCCCGGCAGCAGAUCAGGACGUACUGGGCGAAGAGUCUCCUCUGGGGAAGCCAGCCAUGCUGCACCUGCCUUCAGAACAGGGCGCUCCUGAGACCCUCCAGCGCUGCCUGGAGGAGAAUCAAGAGCUCCGAGAUGCCAUCCGGCAGAGCAACCAGAUGCUGCGGGAGCGCUGCGAGGAGCUUCUGCAUUUCCAAGCCAGCCAGAGGGAGGAGAAGGAGUUCCUCAUGUGCAGAUUCCAGGAGGCCAGGAAACUGGUGGAGAGACUCAGCCUGGAGAAGCUCGACCUGAAGAGGCAGAAGGAGCAGGCUCUGCGGGAGGUGGAGCACCUGAAGAGAUGCCAGCAGCAGAUGGCUGAGGACAAGGCCUCUGUGAAAGCCCAGGUGACGUCCUUGCUCGGGGAGCUGCAGGAGAGCCAGAGUCGCUUGGAGGCUGCCACUAAGGAAUGCCAGGCUCUGGAGGGUCGGGCCCGGGCGGCCAGCGAGCAGGCGCGGCAGCUGGAGAGUGAGCGCGAGGCGCUGCAGCAGCAGCACAGCGUGCAGGUGGACCAGCUGCGCAUGCAGGGCCAGAGCGUGGAGGCCGCGCUCCGCAUGGAGCGCCAGGCCGCCUCGGAGGAGAAGAGGAAGCUGGCCCAGUUGCAGGUGGCCUAUCACCAGCUCUUCCAAGAAUACGACAACCACAUCAAGAGCAGCGUGGUGGGCAGUGAGCGGAAGCGAGGAAUGCAGCUGGAAGAUCUCAAACAGCAGCUCCAGCAGGCCGAGGAGGCCCUGGUGGCCAAACAGGAGGUGAUCGAUAAGCUGAAGGAGGAGGCCGAGCAGCACAAGAUUGUGAUGGAGACCGUUCCGGUGCUGAAGGCCCAGGCGGAUAUCUACAAGGCGGACUUCCAGGCUGAGAGGCAGGCCCGGGAGAAGCUGGCCGAGAAGAAGGAGCUCCUGCAGGAGCAGCUGGAGCAGCUGCAGAGGGAGUACAGCAAACUGAAGGCCAGCUGUCAGGAGUCGGCCAGGAUCGAGGACAUGAGGAAGCGGCAUGUCGAGGUCUCCCAGGCCCCCUUGCCCCCCGCCCCUGGUUGAGCUUCCAGAACAACUGGUCGGAUUACUCUUGGGAGGGAACCAGCCUGCCUGCCCUAUUGGCUGCGGCCCCUUGAUCCACAAACGAAGCCCAUCCCUGCCGGAGCUUGUGGCGUUCUCUGGUGUUCAUGCGCGCUCCCCCUCCUGCCGACCAAUGCACAAGAACAGUGCGGGCGACCAGUAAGCACAGUGAGAAAGCAUUUCGCCCUCAUCAGUAACUAAAACAACACCAAGUCUGACAGCAAGCAAAAAGUGAUCUGAAAAUGGCAACCGAUGAAGCCCUAGGUGAGCGCUCUGCUGGCAAGGUGCAGGACAGCGGCCCUUGCAAUGCUGCCCUUUCCGAGGGGGCCAUUUGCUGGGAUGGAGCAAGCCCGUAGGCAGCGUCCUCGGCCCUGGUGCGUAACCCUAAGAGAGAGUCGGGCACUCAACGAUGACUCUGGCAUUGGGAAGGUGCUUCACUUCAUCAUCUGUAGCUGCCAAAGGUCGGGGUGAGAUAAGAGGCUGCGUAUGUAACGAUGUGGCCCGGCACAGCUGGCAUUUUGAACAUCUCCUCACACGCAACAUGCCUUGUAGCAUGUUGGUGUGAACAGGCCAGGUGACAAACUUAUGGAUAAAGCGUGACCCCAAUAGAGAAGUGAAAGCUCUGAGUGCAUACCCUGCUAUAACAUUUGGACGGACGUGAGUAGCUGGGUGGCCAGUAAUGAGAAGUUUUCCUUACAUGUUAAUACAUUUCCUAAAUGCC